AUGUGGAAAUGCCCUGAGUGUUUGAAUAGCAGGCCUAAAAGCGACAAUACAAACACUCCAAUCAAGCCGGUUGCUCCUAUUAGUUUGGAUUGCGCUGACAAUAACAUUACACUGCGAAGUCGACCCACCACGACAACUCAAGGUUCUGACUCUUCGCCAGCUCCUGGACCACUAUUCACUACCGAAUCCUCGCAAUUUGAGCUUGUUAGUGAGUUACGCCUACUUCGCGAAGAAAUGAAAGCAUCGCGAUCGGAAAUGAAACAGUUCAGAAGUGCAGUAGCAGAGCUUACAGCUGCUCUCAGCAUGGCCAACCAGCGAAUAGAUGAGCUCUCGACACGGGUCGACGUAUUAGAGCGCCAACCGCGUGAAGCAACAAACGGCAACGUAUCUGUUCUGGAACAAACUAUUGAGAGCCUGAAACUCGACCUCAACGAUCGCGAUCAGGAGAUGCUGUGCAACGACAUAGAAGUGGCGGGUGUCCCAGAAGAAAAAAAUGAAAGCACUGUUCAUCUGGUGCUCAGUUUGUCAGCCAAGCUAGGAAUCAAACUGGAGGAACGUGAUAUCGUCAGUGCUGAGCGAGUUGGCGGCGUGCGGCGCGCGGUUGUGGGGGAAGACGCGGCAGUGCGGUCUCGGCCGCGGCCACUGGUGGUGCGACUGGUGCGGCGCUCUUCGCGGGACCAGUUGCUGACGGCGGCACGCGUGCGCCGUGGUGCCACUACGGCGGAUAUGGGAAUGGCGUCAGCUGCAAGACUUUUCUACGUCAAUGAGAGACUGACACGAUAUAAUCGUCAGUUGUUUUAUAGGGCGCGUGCAGAGGGUACUAGUGCACAAUGGAAGUACGUGUGGACUCGCGGUGGGAGUAUUUAUGCGCGUAAAGAGCACGGCGCGCCGCGCUAUCGCUUGCGCAGUGAGCACGACAUAUCUAAAGUUUUUUGUCGUCUUUCCUGUUAG